UACCGAAACCGCGCGGAGAAAUACACAUAUGGUGCUUCCUCGUUGAUUACUUAUCGUAGUUUUCCGCCUGUCGCUACUUCUUCAUCGGCCUCUUGUGGCGACACCUUCCUCGCUGGUCUUAUCCUAAACGGAAGGAUGAAAAGACGACGCGAAAUGUCGGGUCUUUUGUUGAAUCUUCUCCUAAUCGUUAUACUAUUUAAUUUAGCCAACGCCGGUGGCCAUGGUGGACACAAGCAUGUGAUAAUUCACGUGCCGUAUAAAGUCAAGACCAUCCAUCAUACGCAUACAAUCACGAAACAUAUACAUCACGGCGGUGGUGAUAAAUACGAAGUACUUGGCUACACAGUGGGGCAUCCGGUUCAUGGCGGCGGCGGCGGUGGUGACGGCGGUUUCGGAGGACACGAUUUGAGCGGUGGCGGCGGCGGAGGACACGAUUUAGGCGGUGGCGGCGGAGGACACGAUUUGGGCGGUGGCGGCGGCGGUGGUCGACGUUCCGAGCUUAGCGGCGGUGGCGGCGGCGGUGGUCACUUCGAGCUUAGCGGUGGCGAUCACGGUGGUGGCGGUUACGAUUUUGGAGGCGGAUUCGGAGGUGGGAACGGAUUGGGAGGCGGAGGUCACGACUGGUCGCGUCGUUAGGAAGACUUUAUUAGGAAGAGUUUUCGCGUAUAAUAUUGAUACUUUUCGAUAAAGAUAAAGCUUUAAAAUAAUUGACUCAGGAUCCUUUGAAGUGUAUGAAGAUCUUCUCUAUCCUCGUUUUCCACUGAACUGUUGUCUCAUAUAAUUCAUUUUAAUCGUAUUAUAGAGAGUGAUCUUUUCUCGGAUAAUUAAUCGUUCCACUUGUUAAUUUGUUUUAAUUUUUUGUAUUAAUUAUCCAAGUAUUUAUAAGUGCCUUUUAUAUUAAUUAUUAAGAUAAAAUUGCAGAAAUUGUGGAGUUAUUAACUGCAUUCGAAACUGCAGAAUAUUGCAAUUAGAUAUUGAAAAAAAUAUGGAUACCUUUUUUACUUUUAUAUCUCUAGUCUGAGUCACUCUCGUUGAAUCUUUGACAUGUUCUUUAAGCAUAAUGUGUAUGUAAAUAUUGUUAUUCGUUGUUAUUCUACUGUAUAUUAUUUUUAUAUCUAUAUUUUUCUGUUACAAACAUGAUGAAUAAAUAAUGCAUAUUUUUAUUGUUCGUA